AUGGGCAAAGGCUGCCAUCUUCAGUCAAAACCUCCCUACAGCAGUGGAGGGGAGAAAUUCAGAGAAGAGCUUGCACCACCGGAAGAUUUGAGACAGAGCAGGGACCAGGUGGAAGAAAUGUGGACAAAGAUGCCACACAAAAGGAAACAAAUUUCGGUCUGCUGGAUAGGAGUCUUCUCUACACAGGCAGAAAUGAUGCUAUCAGCUCAAACAUCUAUGGGGUGUGUCCUGGUGAUACUGGUGUUUCUUCUGAAUAUUGGUGCUCUCAUCACUUAUUUUGUCAAUCUUCCUGAGGCAGAGGAAUUCAAGAUCUCCUUUCCAGACAGCAUCCUUUAUGUAGAUAUAGGCUUCAAUGCUUUCUUCCUCCUUUACUUUGGAUGAUGGUUUGUGGCAGCAGAUGACCAGCUGAGGUUCUGGCUUGAGCUGAAUUCUCUUGUGGAUUUCUUCACGAUCCCUCCAGUUUUUGUUUCCUAUUAUUUAAAGAAGAAUUGGCUUGGUUUGCGUUUUUGGAGAGCACUUAGGUUGUUAGAACUUCCGUGAAUCCUACAGUUCCUCAGGAUCAUGAAGAACAAUUAUUCAAUCAAGCUCUCCAAGCUCUUUGCUGUAUUUAUCAGCACCUGGCUCACAGCUGCAGGAUUUAUUCACCUGGUAGAAAAAAAUGGAGUUCCUUGGGUUCAGCCUGCAAAUUCCCAGUCCCUCAGCUAUUUUAAAUGCAUGUACCUAGUAAUGAUGACUAUGUCCACUGUUGGUUAUGGUGAUGUUGUGGUUCAAACAACGUUGUGUCAAACCUUCAUUAUUGUCUUCAUUAUUGGUGGUUUGGUACUAUUUGCAGACUUCAUCCCUGAAGUUGUGGAAAUUGAAAGCCAUAAAAAUUACAAAUCCUCCUAUGAAGCGGUGAGUGGGAAAAACUAUAUUGUUGUCUAUAGUAAUAUCACUCUGGAGAGUGUCACUACAUUCCUACAAGACUUUUUGCUUCAGGACAAGGGAAAUAUUUGCACAGAAAUCCUUUUUCUGGGAGAGUCUCUUCCUAGUUUGGAGCUGGAAGCUGUGUUCAAAUGCUGUUCAGCCUACAGGACUUUCUUUUAUGGCUCUGCACUAAACUCUGAAGAUCUGAAGAGAGUUGGGAUGGAAUCUGUGAAUGCUUCUCUCAUUCUAGCAGAUGUUCACUGUCCACAACUUUAUACUGAAGAUACUUCCAAUAUCAUGAGAGUGCUGUCUAUCAAGAAUCACCCAAACACGAGAGUAAUUUUACGGAUAAUUCAGUCUCAUAACAAGGUAUACCUGCCAAAUAUCCCCAACUGGGACUGGAGGACAGGAGACAGCAUCAUCAGUUUCGCUGAACUGAAGCUAGGCUUUGUAGCACAAAGCUGCCUUGUUCCUGGUUUGUCUACUCUCCUAACCAAUUUGUUCAUUAUGAAAAAGGAUACUGAGACAAAGAGAAAAUAUUUGAAGGACAAAAAGCUUCUGGAAGACAAAGACUACAAAGUAAUGACUUUUCAGCUCUCCAAUGAUUUUGUAGACAUGACUUUUAUAGAGGUUUGUCGCUAAAUGGUACAGAUGUUGUGCUUUGUAAAACUGAACCUUGUCCUCUUGGGAAUUGAACACAAAUUUGGCGGUCAAGGGGAGAGCACUAUCCAUAAUCCAUCUGCGCAGAUAAAGCUUCAUCGGAAUACAAUGGGCUUUUUUAUUGCUCGUUCCCUGGCAGAAGUCAAAAGGUAAGAGUUCUGUUGUAAAGCCUGUCACAGUGAUAUACAGGAUCCAGAGCAGAUUAAAAAAUGUCAGUGUAAAAGCGGACUGUACUCAAAACCUUCCUCAGAGAAACUAAAAUUCUGUAGAGAAUCGCAUGUUUCAGAUGGAGAGCCUGCAAAGUCAAGGUCCCUUGGUGGUGUUCUACCUCGGAGUUUUGUUAAUGGGGGUUUUGGUGGCCAAGAAGAGGAAAACAGCAGAGUCAUCCGAGAUUCAACAAGAGUGUUCCACUGGUGUGAUGUUGUUCCACUGCAGGAGGCUCUUCUGAGUUGCAAGGACCAAGCAGCACCAAACCUGCAGGAUCACAUUUUGGUCUGCGUCUUUGGUGAUGCAAACUCACCACUGAUUGGGCUGCGUGACUUCGUGAUGCCCUUAAGAGCUACUAGUAACUUCAUUUACCAUGAGUUGAAAGACAUUGUUUUUCUCGGGUCUUUGGAAUAUCUGCAGAGAGAAUAGAAAUUUAUUCAGAACUUCCCAAAGCUGUGGUUAUUCUCAGGUAGUGAUCUCUCCCGUGCAGAUCUGAGGGCAGUUAAUGUCCAGGAUUGUGCUGCGUGUGCCAUUCUGUCUUACAACACCACUGCUUCAAGCAAUCCUUCCCUGGUGGGCACGGAAAGCAUCCUAGCCACUCUGAACAUCCGAUCCGUGCAGGCUAAGUCCAGCUCAGCCUCACUAGAUGCUGUUUUCGGAGCAAGAGCAUUGGGGAAUCAAUCACAGCCAUGUUAUAAAAGGAUCCCCAUCACUACAGAGCUGAAAAGGAGUUUUACAAGCCUGGCUGGAGGUGCAUUGACAUACUACAACCAUCACAUCUUGGCUCUGCUGCAGACUUUGGUGACAAGUGGGACAAGCCAAGCAUUGGGGGAACAGCUGUUGGAAGAGGGCAGCAGACUGCGCGGAAAUCCUGACAACAUGAUCGACAAUGCCUCCCAAGUCAGAUGCAAACUAGCACUCCUGCUACUGUCCAAGAGGUUGUGAAAAGGUGUCAUGGAGGACUCCCUUGGAGACAUUUACUGCAGCGCUUUAGGCUCGUUUGGGAUACUCUGCUUUGGGCUCUACCGCCUGAUGGAAGAGCCCAAACCAUACAAGAAUAGGUUUGUGAUUGCUCGGCCUGCCAGUGAUUUGAAGAUGCUCUCGGAUCUGCUGUCCUGUGUUGUUCCGUUCAACAUUGCAACAACUGAUGAGCUGUGA